AUGCUAGUGGAGAAAAGGCCGGACACGUCGAACCUUGUCCCUGCCCAUAUUCUAGCAGAGCACCUUGAAGCGGAGGAAAUCGAGCGGUCAGUUUGUGAGUUGAUGGAUGCUCAUCCGGGCUUUGGUAAACUCUCCCCGCAAGCUCUCGACGCUCGCAGAAGAUCCGUUUGUAGUUUUGUCGGAUAUUUGAGUACUGCCUUCACUAAUUGGUACACAGCAUGA